CGGCGGCGAGAAAGAGAGAACGCGCUCCUCUUCCUUCUCGACUCGAUCUGCCCCUUCCAGCCCGCUCGCCCCUCAUCGAGCGGCCUCCGUAGCCCUAGGUGAUCCGCGCCUCCUUCCGCCGCAGCGGAACAGGACGCCUGACCGUCGACCGUCGAAGCGAUUCCUCUCUCGCGGGCGUCCUCGUCUCGCCCUCCUCGCCUCCUCGGUGCCAGUGGGUCGGCGCGGGGAGGCAUCCGUCCGGGCUACGGUCGAUUUGUUCUCCACUUGCUGUUGAACUUUAAAUAGACAAUGGAUCUGGAGACAGAAAAUCGUCUUGCUUCUUUACUACUUGAAGAGGCCCGAAGAUUACAAUUAGAGGCUAACAGGGAAGGUGUUCAAGCAUAUCUGCGAAAACCUAAUGUUAGGCAUCGUCCAAACUCUCGGUUCCUCACAGCCACAGUUCGUGGAGUUCAGCAAGCAAAUCGUGUUGUGGAGGUCAAUGAAAUGUGGCGUGCCAGGGAAAAGGAACUGGAGUUGGAGUCAAAAAUGAAAGGCAGAAGUAGCAGAAGUAAAGAUCAUGGUGAUUUUACAGGUGAGAAGCGCAAAAGUGAAAGAAACCAUAGCUCCAGCUCAAGGAUUGAACAAGAAGGGACCACUUAUGAUACUUCGUACUCAGACCAGGAGGAUGGUCUCAGGGAUGAUGAAAUUGAAAGAUUUCUUUAUUCAAGGGCGAAGCGAGGACGUGGGGCUGUUGGUUCCAGGAUGGACGAGCCUGGUCCAUACCUUGAUUCUCUGUCCCAUCAUCAGGACAAUGGACCUAGCCCGGACAUACGUGUGGAAGAAAAAUGGGAACGCAGAGUACAAGGCCCAGAGAAGCCUCCAUUUUGGGGAUGCAAGUCUCUCGAUGGUCAUUGGCGCUUGGGCACAUUGGAUGGAAGGCCAUCAAGCUCUGAACCACAGAGCAAAAAAGAAAAGAAAAGUAAGCUGGAUAAAAAGGAUAAGAUAGAGAAAAGGAAGGAAAAGGGCAAGAAGAAAUCCAAACAUCGCCACCACCGCCAUCGCAGAAGCAGCAGGAGUGAGUGAGUGAUGUUGCCUGUUAGCAGAACAGAAAAAAAUGGACACAACGGUUCUGCCAUGACCAUGAGACAAGCUAGCUGACUGUUCCUGUGUCUUGAAACCUGUAUUGUAUGGAAACGGGAUAUUGUGUAGGCUUAUACAAUACAAUGUUGCGAUGUCACAUCGUUUGUUGAAGUUU